AUGCUUCUGAUGAUAUUUAUCUUCGCACUUGCUACAAAAUGUUGGCUUACAACUACAGCUUUGAGUCCGGAGGAUUACAAAGUCGAGCUCGUCCAAGUGAUUUUUAGACACGGGGAUCGUGUACCUGGAAAAAAAGAGCUGGACCUCAUAUCCAUGAAAAUCCCGUACAACGAAUCAAUCUACACACCUUUCGGCCACGGCCAGAUGACAAAUAUUGGAAAAAAGCGAGUGUACGAAGUCGGCCAGGCCUUGAGAGAUAGGUAUGGAAAUUUUUUGAGCACGACUUACGACUCAAGCGAGGUUUACGCGUACAGCACGGGCUACGAUCGUACGCGGAUGUCACUGCAAUUGGUGCUCGCUGGGCUGUACCCAACGUUCGAGGUACCAUUUUGGCCCGAAGACGUGAGCUGGACACCUUUUCCCUCCCAUCACAAUGAGUCCAAGUAUCUCCAGCUCAGAAGUGAGGUUUUACACUCUGAUGAGAUAAAAAAUAGGAUCUUGAAGUAUCGUGGCACUAUAUAUCUUCUUUUGGAGAAUGUUGGCCAGCAGAUGAUAAAUCCAGUUCUGAUUUUUUUAUACUACCACAUGAUUGAAUGCCACAAAAGUAUGGGAUGGCCUCUACCAUUGUGGUUGACCGAAAGUAACUACGAAGAGCUCAAAGAAAUCGCAGCUAUUUAUUACGAAGCGUUGUUAUUGACGAACGAAAUGAAAAAGUUGGCGGUUGGAGCGAUGUUGAAAAAAUUCAUUGAAAAUAUCGAUAAUCAGGAGAAGGGGGGGGACAAGAGGAAAAUUUACUUGUACGGUGCGCACGAUCUGAACGUCAAUGGAUUUCUCAAGUCGCAUGGGUUCAAGUAUCCCAAACUCCUUGAAUUUGGGGCAACUGUGAUCAUGGAAAAACUGAGAGGACCCGACAAUGGAAUUUAUAUUCGGUUACAGAUCUACGUCACUUGUUUUCUCAAGAAACAACAACUGUUCGUAAUUCCAUCGUUGCAUCGAAGGAAAAGCAUGAAGGAGCUGGAAAGAAUAAUCUUGGAAAUGAGCGACACAGCAGACCUGGACGGGAAGAAAGUGAUCGACGAGAUAAAAAACCGGCUGCAAAAGAAGGACAAGGACGCGUACGACGAAUGGAAGGACGACGGAAACUUCAGUGUGAACCACGUGUUCAACGACGACGACACGCUGUUGCACCUGGUGGUCAAAUGGGGCACCCCGGGGAUGUUGGAGGCUCUGCUGGGGCACGGCGGGCACGUGAACGUCCCCGACAACGUCGGACAAACGCCGUUGUACCACGCGAUUCAAUACGGGAACGUGCGCGUGGUGAAAACCCUGGUGAGCCACAUGGCCAACGUCAACGCGUCCGACGUGCACGGGGAGACGCCUUUGCACGUGGCGACGAAGCAAGCGCCGCCCAGGCACAAGGUGGCCAUCAUCGAGACUUUGAUGGAGCACGGGGCCAACGUGGACGCAACGUCCAGUUUCGGAGGUACACCCUUGCACGCGGCAGUUGGCUUGAGCCUGCUGGACGUGGCGAAAGUUUUGAUGGACAAUGGCGCGAACGUUAACCAUUGGGGGGAUUUCCGGCGAAACACUCCUCUGCACGAAGCCGCGAGGUACAGCAAUGCUGAUGUCAUUCGGCUGUUGGUGGAAAACGGAGCUGACGUGAACGCGGUUGAUUGGCUCGGUAGAACUCCGCUGUACGAAGCUGCAACGAAGGGCGCCCUGGACAAGGUGGAGGUUCUGUUGGAGCACGGGGCGGACGUCAAUAAGGUCGACCACCGUCAGAACACUCCUCUGCACGUGGCUUUGGAGUGCGACACCGAGGAUGUUGCCCUCGUUCUCGUAGGGAAAGGUGCCAACCUCACCGCACGAAAUUACGAUGGACAGGUGCCUCUGCAUAUCGCCGCCAAGAACAAUCACUUCGAGGUUGUUCGUGUGAUAGCCAACAGUGGAGCCGAUCUUGAUGCUGUGACCGCCGAUGGUAUGACGCCGCUGGGUUUUGCCAAGGAAGGCAAACACACGGGCAUUGUUGAGUACCUUAAAGUCAAAAUGGCCAACAAGGUGUUUCGAGGCAUGAACGAAACUGUAUAG